AUGCUGGCUCCGAAUGCGACGAUGAAUAACUCGUCAACUACGAUAGAGCUGCAGAGUCGUCCGACCACCACGGACUCGCAGGCAGCGAUCCUGGACGAACGUAAUAGGACUGCGCCUGGCGAGAAGCUCCCAGAGGCCGAGAGCCCCCCAGCGGAUCCUCCUGCUGAGGCUGAAGCGUCUGGGCAGGAGAUUACUGGGAUCAAGCUCUUUGGUAUUCUGGCAAGCGUUACAUUGUCUGCUUUUCUGAUGCUCCUUGACGGCUCGAUCAUUGGCGUGGCUAUACCAAAUAUUACAAGUCAAUUCCAUUCAAUUCAUGAUGUAGGCUGGUACACUGCGGCAUACCAGCUAUCCAGCGCCGCACUGCAGCCCCUGUCGGGCAAAAUAUACACUUCCUACAACACGAAAUGGACGUACCUCAUAUUCUUCGGUCUGUUUGAACUAGGGUCGCUCAUCUGCGGCGUCGCAAACUCCUCGUCGACCCUGAUCGGAGGAAGAGCAGUAGCCGGUAUUGGAAGCUCAGGUCUGCUCAAUGGGGGAAUGACAAUAAUUGCGGGAGCUGUUCCCCUGGAAAAGCGGCCUGUCUACACUGGGGUCUAUCUUGGAAUCUCCCAGCUCGGGAUUGUCUGUGGACCUCUAAUAGGAGGUGCUCUGACCGAGUAUGCCACCUGGCGAUGGUGUUUCUAUAUCAACCUGCCCGUCGGCGCCGUCACCGCGAUCCUCCUCCUCUUCCUCCGCGUGCCUGAACUCACCGAAAAGCCUCCAUUCUCACUUGACCUCGUGAAGAGAACAAUCCCUGAGCUCGACCUUAUCGGGUUCACACUGUUCGCGCCUGCGGCGAUCAUGGCCUUACUGGCCCUUUACUAUGGUGGCAACGAGUUUCCCUGGGACAGCUCUGUGGUAAUAGGCCUGUUCGUCGGCGCUGGAGUAACCAUCAUUGUAUUCGCACUCUGGGAGCGACAUAUGGGUGAUCGAGCGAUGAUUCCGCCAUCGAUGGUCAGCCACCAUAUCGUGUACACCAGUGCCAUCAACGGCGCAACCCUUGUGGCCUCCAUCCUCGUGGCCGCGCAGUAUCUGCCCAUCUACUUCCAGGGUGUUCGGGGAUAUGGGCCGGCUAUGAGUGGAGUGAAUACACUGCCAGGCAUUCUUAGCCAGCUGCUCACAGUCAUUGUGUCUGGGGGUCUGGUGCAGAAAGUUGGAUACUAUCUACCCUUUGCAGCUGCUGGAAGCGCCAUCGGGGCAGUCGGAAAUGGCAUCGUUACCAUGUUCUCGCCAACUACUCCGACGGCCAAGUGGAUAGGCUAUCAAACUGUGUUGGGGAGUGGUCGAGGCAUUGGAAUGCAGAUGGGGAUAAUCGCCAUCCAAAACCUUCUCCCACCAGAGAAAAUCCCCGUAGGGAUUGCCUUUAUGAUAUUCUGUCAGAACUUCGCGGGGGCCAUCUUUGUCGUUGUCGGCGAAGUCAUCUUCACGCAGCAGUUGGUGAAGCAGAUUCUCUCCCACGCGCCGUCGGUCUCGCUUGAAGCUGCUCUUGCUGCUGGAGCGAGCUCAAGUUCCGUGCGCGCUCUGGUCCCGGGAGGGAGCCCUGAACUUGGGGGAGUACUGCUCGCCUUCUCGAAUAGUGUUGACAAGGUAUUCUACCUGCUCAUGGGUCUUUGCUUGGCUGGACUUAUCGCUGCGUUCGGCAUGGGCUGGGUUGAUAUCAGGAAGAACAAGAAGAAGCCAGAGCCAGAGACGGAGUCGGCCUGA